AGCUCCCCAGUGUCAAUACUGAGACCCCAGAUGUGUCCAGAGGCACCCUGAAGAGGCUGAGGGGCUGAGGAGCCCGAGGGCACCCACAGGGAGAUUCCUGAAGCUGACUCAGAGCCACGGAGGAUUUGCCUGUUCUUUGUUCCUUGCCCCCUUGGAUCCCUGUUGCUAUGGAGACCACCAACAGGACUGAGACCUGGUAUGAGAGCCUGCACGCAGUGCUGAAGGCUCUAAAUGUCACUCUUCACAGCAACUUGCUCUGCCGGGCAGGGCCUGACAACCUGCCUAAGGAGCGGCAGGCCAGCCUACCUGGCCGUGAUGACAACUCCUACAUGUACAUUCUCUUCGUCAUGUUUCUAUUUGCUGUCACCGUGGGCAGCCUCAUCCUGGGAUAUACCCGCUCCCGCAAAGUGGACAAGCUCAGUGACCCCUAUCACGUGUACAUCAAGAACCGUGUGUCUAUGAUCUGACCCUAGGGGGCCGAGAAUGGCAGCAUAUCAAGAUACCAGAACUCAGUUAUGGACCACACCAGGCCUCAGUGUCCCCAUCUGUAGGAGCAACAAGAAACAGUCCUAAGGGAGGUCAUCAUCAGGGUGGGAGGAGAAGGGCUGGAAGACCAGGGCCUUGUGGAUGAAGAUUUUUUUUCCAGUAAAGGUAGACUUUCUAGACAGUGGGAGCCCCAUGAACAAAUCUAUAGAAGUAGCAAAAGAUAAUAACCAAUGACUGGCCCAGUGGCUGGAGUACUGGGGGCUAGAGGCUGGAGGAAAGAGAAAAGGAAGUUGUAGCAGAGGGAGAUGAAACAGGAAGAUGCCCUGAGAACACAUGUCUUUUAAAGAUUUUAUUUAUUUAUUUGAAAGAAAGAGAGAGAGAGAGAGAGAGAGAGAGAGAGAGAGAGAGUACGCAUGCGCACAAGCAGGGGGAGGGGCAGAGAGAGGAAGAAUCAGACUCUCCACUGAGCAGGGAGCCUGACACGGGCUGGAUCCCAGGAUUCUGGGAUCAUGACCUGAGCCGAAGGCAGAUGUUUACCCAACUGAGCCACACCCAGGCGCUCCUGAGGACACAUUUUUUGAUGUGUUCUCUUCAACGACCAUGAAAAGCAGCAGUGAUUGUCAUAUCACAGAUAAGAAUCUGAGUAAGGUGACUUAUUUAUAUUUGUUCACAUUUUAUGUGUUCCAAGACAUUUUAACGUUUGUGAUUUUACUCCCUGUGAGGGAAGCAAAGUAAGUACCAUUCUGGCCAUUUGGGCCAGAGCAGGGCCAUAACUAGAACCUAGGAACUCUGGUUUCCUUGCCUAGUGCUUUUCAAAUCUGCGCCACACAGGACAGGGUCCAGGCCUGAAACGUCUACAAUUCUGGGAGCCCUCCUUAAGAAAAAGAAUUCAAAAACAGUUUGCUUUUGCAAAUAUGAAAACACAUAUUCCCAUGUGAAUAUAUUACUAGGACCCCUCCUAUGAUGCUAAGGAGCCGUGCAAGUGCAGGGCCCUGAAUGGUGACCUGUUUUAGCUCCAUGGGUCAUGUGCCUCUCCAGCUGUGUCACCGUGCCCCUCCCAGCCACAUCCCAGCCAUUCCCUCUAACACAGCCUCUUCUGAUUUGAUGAAAUUCUGGGAGGAGUUUUCUGAUACCAAAUUGAAACCUGCUUCUCGAAGAUUACUAUCACACCUAGAAGGUUAUCAAAUUAAAAGGAGGAGAGUAUGAAAGGCAGGUACCUGGUUCAGUGGAAGGAUUCUGGGACGUGAACUGGCUGGUUACUUCUCUCUCUGAUCCUUUUCCCUUGUCAGCACAAUGAAAUAGUUAGACUUGAAAGUCUCUAAGGGCUUUACCAGUUCUGACAUUCUGGGCUUCACAGACAUUGGGUUAAAUCAUAAAAUUGUGUUUGUACGUCAAAAAGCAGCUGACUAUGAGUAGUUUUCAUAUGGUUCAGUCUAAUACGUGCAGUGCGGCGCAUGAAUACCUUACAAGCUACAAAUCCCAGGCUGGAACCUCCCACUGUUCUGUCCAGGAGGCCCUAUUGAAACAUACAUAUUUGUAUAUAGCAAAAACUCUGAAAGAAUAUUUUAAUUACCGUUAUCUCUGAAGGGAAGGAUUGUGGGUGAUCUUUCUUUCCUACUUAAAAAAUGUAUGUAAUAUUUGAUUUAUUUGACCAUAAAUAUGUUGCUUGUAUAAUAAGGGGAGGGGGAAGCUACUUCCACUUUGAAAAAAUAAAAAUAAAUGCCUAUGUGUUUCCUGAAUGAUCACAGAACACAUUCACUCCCAUGAGCAGUUAGUUGUGUUCACUCCCUACAAAUCUGUGCUGAGCCGCCUGUGUGCUCAAGCCUUUCCUUAGCUCUUCUUGGAGGAGAAGG